AUGAAUGAGAUUAACGCAAUGAUGAAUGAGAAACUCAAGGUGCUUAUGGUACAGUUGCAGCAAUUUAAGUAUAAACACUCCAAUGCCAAAUUAGGUCUGGAAAUGGGUAUUGAUUUGAUCAAUGUAACUGCAAAUAAUCGUAAUAUCAUGUUACUAAACAACAUCAAUUAUUUUGCUAAAGAGAGCAGCAACCCAAUAAUCGGUACAGAACAAGCUAUGGUCUCCUACAAGAAAAGAAAGGAUGCAAUUGAAACACAAGGUAGAGAAAUAGAAAAAUGUCGAAUUGAGGAAUUGGAAUCAAAGUAUGAGAGUGUCAACACUGUGAUUGCUGAACUGUUUAUUACGGUAGUUGAUAUGGAAUACUAUGUUGAAUUUAGUAAGCUGUAUAAAAAGAAGUGUGCUGGGCUGAAUAUAGAUGUAGAUGAUGAAAUAAUUGACAUGAUUAACCAUAUGGAAUCCAUUGAUAUUAAUGAGUAUAAGUGCAUGGUAGGUGAAUUGAUAGGCUACUUGAGGAUUUGUGAAAUAUUCACGGAGGUGUAA